AUGAGUCCCAUCAAUAGUUUGUGGUUCAAGUGGAAGAGCCUUAAACUGCCGUGGCGAAAAUCCUUCCUAGCGGGAUCGGACUUGCGCGGUAACACGUACUGGGAAUUUAAAGAUGCCCUGAACGCCUCGCGAUACCGGCGCAUCGUGAGAGUCGACCCGAAAACCCACCUCGGAGAUGUCCAAGUGAGCCCGCAAUGGCACCAAUGGCUCCGACAUAUGCGAAAGAACGCGCCGACUAUCCAAGAACAGCAGCAGGAUCUUGUCCGCCAGGCUCACAUCAAACAGUUAGCCCAACUGGCUGAUGAGCGAUGGGCCAGCAAACCGUCCUUCCUUGAUAAGCCGCAAAACCAGCAACCUGCGCCAGCGACGAAGACGAGCGAUGAUACGUUGAAUGCGCCGGCACAGGAGACCAAGACCAACACCGCGGAACGGGAUGAGACCGAGAAACAGCCGGCUGCGGCGAAGGAGGAUCCCUGGGCCAAGGCGAGAGGCUCACCGGGCGAGAAUUGGCAGCCCGAUUCCUGGUCACCGAAGACGUCAGGGCGAUGA